AUGCAGCAGAAUAAUGGUUCCCUGGUUUGGUGCCAGAAUCACAAGCAGUGUGCUAAGUGUCUGGAGCCCUGCAAGGAGUCCUGGGACCAGAGGAGGCAUCAGUGCCAAAGCUUCUGUGAGCCUCUCUUCCCCAAGAAGAACUAUGAAUGCUUGACCAGCUGUGAGUUCCUCAAGUACAUCCUGUCAGUGAAGCAAGGAGACUGCCCAGCCCCGGAGAGGGCCAGUGGCUUCGCCGCCGCCUGCGUGGAAAGCUGCGAAGUGGACAACGAGUGCUCCGGGGUGAAGAAAUGCUGUUCCAACGGGUGUGGGCACACCUGCCAGGUGCCCAAAACUCUGUAUAAAGGCGUCCCCCUGAAGCCCAGGAAAGAGUUACGAUUCACAGAACUGUCAUCUGGACAGCUGGAGAUUAAGUGGUCCUCGAAAUUCAAUAUUUCCAUCGAGCCUGUGAUCUACGUGUUGCAGAGACGAUGGAAUUACGGAAUCCAUCCAAGUGAAGAUGAUGCUACACACUGGCAGACUGUGGCUCAGACCACAGAUGAACGGGUUCAACUGGCGGACAUCAGACCCAGCAGGUGGUACCAGUUCCGCGUGGCUGCUGUCAACGUGCACGGGACCCGGGGCUUCACCGCACCCAGCAAGCACUUCCGCUCCUCCAAAGAUCCAUCCGCACCCCCAGCUCCAGCUAACCUCCGGCUUGCCAACUCCACCAUCCACAGCGACGGGAGCGUGACGGCGACGAUUGUUUGGGAUGUGCCCGAAGACCCAGAUAUCCCUGUGCAUCACUACAAAGUGUUUUGGAGCUGGACGGUCAGCAGCAAGGCCCUCGUCCCCACCAAGAAGAAGCGGAGAAAGACUACGGAGGGGUCCCACAAUUCUGUGACCCUGGAGCGACUGCAGCCGGACAGCAGCUAUAUGGUGGAAGUGCAGGCCAUCUCGUACUGGGGGCAGAUGCGCCUCAAAAGCGCCAAGGUGUCUCUUCAUUUCACGUCCUCACAAACCACCAACAACAAGGAAACCCUUGGGAAAAGUAGAAAGGAUGUGAUUCAAAUCAAGACCCCUUUUCAAAGAAGACGACCCACUCGGCUCCUGGAAAUCGGGGCUCCCUUCUACCAGGACAACCAGCUGCAGGUCAAGGUCUACUGGAAGAAGACUGAAGAUCCCAGCAUCAGCCGCUACCAUGUGCAGUGGUUCCCAGAGUUAUGUUCCCACAACGAAACAGCCACCCCUGAGAAGUCAUCUGGCACGACCCAUGAGAAUUACAUCAUUCUUCAGGAUCUGUCAUUUUCCUGCAAAUAUAAGGUGAUAGUCCAACCCAUCGGGCCCAAGAGCCACCUGAAGGUGGAGACCGCUUUCUUUACCACGCCACCCUGCUCUGCUCUCAAGCGGAAAAGCCACCAGCACGCCACCUGCCCUGGCGAAGCAGGCCAGUUUCUUUCCAAAGUGCUCGCCAAGCCAGAGGACCUUUCUGCGUCCUUCGUUGUCCAAGAUGUCAACAUCACGGGCCACUUUUCUUGGAAAAUGGCCAGGGCAAACCUCUUCCAGCCCAUGACCGGGUUUCAGGUGACUUGGGCAGAGGUCACGACAGAGAACAGGCAGAACAGUCUGCCCAAUAGCAUCAUCUCGCAGUCCCAGAUCCUGCCGUCGGAUCACUAUGUCCUGACAGUGCCCAAUCUGAGGCCGUCCACCCUGUACCGGCUGGAAGUGCAGGUGCUGACCACAGGAGGGGAAGGGCCGGCCACCAUCCGGACGUUCCGGACCCCCGAGCUCCCGCCGUCUGCAGCACACAGAGCCCAUCUAAAACAUCACCACGCCCAUCAUUACGAACCUUCUCCAGAGAGAUACUAACAGUUGCACGGACGCACGCUUAUUGAACCGCAGCGACCAGACACAUGGACUUAGAGCAGCCGUAGGUAUCUCCCAGGGGACGCUCCUCUCCUGGGUAACGUUAGCACAGUAAGUACUCACGUCUGUCUCAGAUGCACCCAGAAUUAAGUGGCACGUGGUCCGCCGAGGAAGACCAAAGCCGAUCCCCUGGGAGAAUGCAGAAAUUGCAGAGUAGGCUUAUUGGACGGUAAUUUUUUUUUUUUUUUUUUUUUUACUGAGUCUUAAGAGCUCCGUCUGCAGUCUUGUUAAUCUCCAUUGAUACAGUGCAGAACUGACAUUUCACUGAGCUCGGAGGGGCAGGUUCUCCAGUGAGUACAACAGAUAAGACAACUGGUACACAAAUUGAGCAUGGAUUUCAUCAACAGAACGCACUUUGAUCAAAUGAAUGAUUUGAUUGACAAAAUCAACUGAGAUUCUGAAGCUGUUGGGCCCGGUUGAUUAUACUGUUGAAAUCUUCCAUAAGAUAUUUUUCUUAUUGCCUGUGAUUUUUAACUGACAGUUUCUAACCUGAAAAACACCAGUAAAUCUAAAAAUGCUUCCACUUUAAACAUCCUUUGCUUCUGCUUAUACAAAUACAAAAGAUACCGUCAGGAGUGGACAGACGUUUGACAUAUUAUUAUGCUGCUAACUAGGUUUUGCCUUGGGGAAAUUAAAAUUCUUUUUUAGUAUUUCAUACUAGAUAUUGUUUUUAAUAUUUUAUCCUAUAAUAUGAGAGAUUGUCCUAAUAGGUUAGCUUAUUUAUAUUUUUCCUUGUUUUCCUCAAAGCAGAAAACAGCUGUGGGUACACUUUGUUUUGGAGCCUUCAUGUAUUUGAAAAUUCACAGCACCUGUUGCUUAAAAGAAACUACUCCCAACUGGUGAACACUGUCAGGUGUUUAUUGAGAUACGCCUUUUCGUAAUCAAAGGAAGCCCUUUGUAUGUUAGAAUAUUCUCAGUAAUGUCGAAAGGGCUUUCAUUGAUAGAAGAGAGUUUUUUGCCUGUAAUUAUCCUUUAUUCUUUCAAGUCUAUUAUAUCCUGUUACUUGGAAAGUCUCUUGUGUUCUAAAUCACCCGUGAGGACAUUGAGUGAAGUCAAAAGAUGGUAUCAUACAUUGCAGAGUGUGUCGAGGUGACCCUAAAGAGCAAUAUUCAAUUUAGUUUUCCUUCAGGGAAAACUCACAUACAUGGUUUGAAAUGACAUAGAUGUGUUUGUCUGCCCCCUUAGAAGGAUGUGUGUCUGUCUGUACACACAGGCACCCACGUGUACAUGCAUACACCUUGGAUAUAAAUCCCUGAGGAAAUUGUUUUCACAGCUCACCAGUGGUGGACAAAGGUGUGGUUCUCUACUGAAGGUCAUAAGGAGAAUGUAUUUUGCCCAUUAAUGUUCACUCUAUGAUAAAAGAACAGUUUAUCAUAACUAAACAUUUUAAAAAUGGGAAGGGUUCCCAGUUCCUGUAUCCGUCUAGGUACACUAGGAAAAAUCGCUAAUGUUAUACGUCAGGUUUUGAUAUUCACACUUGCCCUUUGUCAUUUUUGAUAUUUCCUGAGUGCGUGUAGGCUCCUGGCCCUUGCUGCCAAAGGUGGACAGCUCACAACUCCCUGGCUUGAUGGAGCUUGUGCUGCAACAUCCAAAAACCAGCUGCCGUCCAGCUGAUCCUGACUGAUGGCAGAUUCAAUACAGAAUGCGGAGGGAUUGCCUUUAUUAAUAAGCAGACAGGUGUCUUCAGAAAGCAUAGUUGAUAAACGUGGGUACCUGAUAAUAGAUUAAAACAAAAACCAAAAAACAAAAACCAGUUUCCUGUGUGUUAAAACACUGAAAGCUGAUGAGCUAGGUACUGGUUUGCAGCUUUGUACAAGGGCAUAAAAUCAAAACUCUCAGAACAAAGUUUGUGUUGGUUCUGAGUGUCUCUGCAGCUCCUGACACAUACUCGGUGGAGGAAGCACGGUGUUUUGUCACGUUCACCUGCUCCCAAGGUUACAUACAGGAAACCUCUUUCAUCAAAAACCCUCUGAGAUUUAACAAACAGCCUAGGAAUCUUCUUUAAAACUAAUGGUUUCUUCUGGUGCCAUCACUGGCAUCUGGAAUUCAAAUUCUUACACCUUCAAAAAUUUAAACUUCUAAUGAUUGACUCCAAGUUUAUCUUUUACCUUGAUUUGUUAUGACCAAAUGCAAGUAUUUGGGCCAUCAAGUUUUGGUACUGUUGUAUAGUUAAAAAUGACAGGAGUAUACAGAUAGAUACAAAAUAUUAUUAAAUUAUUAUACAUUAAAUUUUAUAAAAAAAUUUAAUUAUGCUUCUUUGGUCUGGGUAGUAGGUAUUGAGCAGCUAUAUUUUUAGUUGGGAUAAAUGUUCUAAAGCUUAUACCUUCCCUAACGAGUCUAAAGCAACCCUUCUGAGCAUCUAAUUUUGCUCUGAUAUUCAACAAUUUAAAUCAUUAGUGUUUUAGGAGAAAAAUACUAUUAAACAUCUCCAACAUGAAUCAAGUGAGCAAAUAUAUAUAUUUUUUAUUUUUAAAAAUUUGAGUACCAAAUAAAGUGAUUUUUUUUUUUUUUAAAGGUAGUUUUAGUGUCUAAUCCUCUGGUAGGUCUUAUUGAAAUUACGUGCAUUUAUCUAAUAUGAGAAAAUGGUAGUCGGUGAUCAUAUUCACUGUUGGAAGGAUUGAGCUCAUCAAAAAAAGAAAACAAUUAAGUCAUCAAACGCAGGCGACCAAGUCAGUAUCCACCACGGUUCUCUGCAUUAUUUUCAUUUACAACACUGACUCCCAGACAGUGGAUUUCUCCCCACCACCAUCUUCUCCAAACCAGAACUCAUAGAAUGGUUUGUACAAACAAGCAUGUGCCGGUUGAAUUCCUUGGUGGUUUUAGUAUGAUGUAUUAGAGGAAAAGAUUGAUGACACAUUAGUUUCCAGAAUGUUUAUGAAACAAAAUCCAGAGCUUAAAAGUAUGCUCGUACCGUAGAACACAUACCCGACUCCACGCAGGGUUUCUGACUGUGGGCACCAGUGACACGGGGGGCCGGCUCAUUCUGUGUGUCGGGAGCCGUCCUCUGCAUUGUAGGGCGUUGAGCAGCAUCCCUGCCCUCCACCCGCUAGAUGUCCCUAGCAACUUCCCCCAAAUUGUGACAACCAGAAUGUCUCUAGACAUUGCCAGACGGCCUUUAGAGAGUACAAAACCACCCCGUUUAAACCACUGCCAUAGAAUUAACUUUACUGAAUAGAAAUAUCUUUACUGAACACAGAAAUGUCUUUACGAAUACUGCAAAUUUGCCCUGACGGGGGGACCGAACAAACUGCACGAGUAAACCCCCGGAACUGAGGAUUAGUGAGGCAAUUAUUACCCUUGAAUUCAAAGGUGUAAAUUGUGUCUUUUCUCUCUGCCAUAAAAUCUGGUCAAAAGACUUAAUUGUGACGUGUGUCUGUAUAACGGAAGUACAGAGGUUACUUCUGUCGCACGCCUCAGUAAAGACCAUUUGUGGCACUGAUGUAUGUAUUCACUGCCCUGUCUUACACCGUACGCCAUGGAGUCUCUCAAGUGUACUCUUGCCCGUGAUUCCAAGUCACUCUAACGUUGUUAUACACACUUUCACAUCAUAACCAGGACAAAGAGGCUGAGUAACUGUUGCAUGUACUUUAAAAUUCAUUCUACAACAUAAAUGUAACAGCACUGACGCUUAUCUGUGGUUUUGCAUGGCCAGACUCAGUGUUUCAGGUAGGACGUGGACUCAACGACUGUCUUACCUCCGCUGAAUAUUCUAGCCAACUAUACAGUUGACAGAGUGAUUCACAGAGUCUAUAUGUAAUGUUCUUUUUUUCCCUUAAUUAUAUUGUAGUGUGCAGAUAACAGAACUGCCACCUUCUGGUCCAAACGGUCUGUAGAAACCCUAUUCCUUAUACUGGUCAUUUAAAGUCAAUAUUUAUUUAUGUAUGUAAUAAAAUAAACAUUUGAUUUUUGUGUAUGUCUGUCAUGCUAUCUAGAGAGAAGUAAUCUUGUAAAAAAAAAACAUUUUGUAAAAAGAAAAAAAAAUAUUGUAAAUAGUCUGAUAUUCCGUGACUCAUUAUUUUCACAUUAGAGUUUGUACAUACUGGCUCAGUAAUAAAGUUGCCUUAA